GACCAGCCAUCGCGUCGGAAAAGCAUCGUCCUGCACUGCCUGCUGCCGCUGAGAGAGAGAGAGUAAGCAAGAGAAGAGAGAGAGCCAUGGUCUCGGAGUUGGAGCUGGCCUUUGUGGAGGACCUGCAGCUGACGAAGAUAAUGCGCCUGCGGGCGCAGUCGCUGCAGCAGAAGAGCCAGAAGAGGCAGGAUGGCGAGCGCCUGCUGCUGCCCUACGAGGGCGUCUACCGUCUGGACUUCUCUACGCAGGACCUCACCUUCUGCAACUGGAGCGUAAGCAUGAAGGGCCCUGGGCGCCUGUCGGUCACCGGCAUCUCGCAGCUGUGGACGCCGGACCUGACCAACCUGAUGACGCGGCAGCUGAUGGAGCCCACCGGCCAGUUCUGGCGCUCGGCCGGGGACCCCGACGAGUCGCCGCUCAAGUGCCUGGAGGCCGACAUCCAGGAGUUCGGGGAGCGGAUAGCCGAGCUGGCCAAGGUGCGCAAGACGAUGUACUUUCUGCUCGCUUUCAAGGAGGGUGCCCAGAAGGCCAACAUCAGCUGCUCUGUGAUCUUCAAGCCCAACUCAGGUUAGCCACCAGAACUAGAGCCAGAACCCUAAAAUGGGCUCCUGCAGUCCAGCUCAACGGGCACAGUUCACAGCUAGUAAACCACUAUGGCUAAGGCUCAUAACGUCCAUCUGCUUCUGCUUCUGCUUCUGCUUCUUUA